GAGCGGCGGCGGCCGGGAAGGAUGCAUCAGAAGCUGCUGAAGAGCGCGCAUUACAUCGAGCUGGGCAGCUACCAGUACUGGCCGGUCCUGGUGCCCCGCGGCAUCCGUCUCUACACCUACGAGCAGAUACCCGUGUCCCUGAAGGACAACCCGUACAUCACCGAUGGCUAUCGGGCCUACCUGCCCUCCAGGCUGUGUAUCAAAAGCUUGUUUAUUUUGUCUAAUGAGACGGUGAACAUCUGGAGUCAUUUGCUGGGUUUCUUUCUCUUCUUCACCCUGGGAAUAUAUGACAUGACAUCUGUAUUACCUUCGGCAAGUGCAUCCAGAGAAGAUUUUGUAAUUUGUUCUAUUUGUCUUUUCUGUUUCCAGGUCUGUAUGCUUUGCUCCGUGGGCUAUCAUCUCUUUUCCUGCCAUCGAUCAGAAAAAACCUGCAGAAGAUGGAUGGCAUUAGAUUAUGCCGGAAUUUCUAUUGGAAUACUGGGCUGCUAUGUCUCUGGAGUAUUUUAUGCAUUUUAUUGCAAUAAUUACUGGCGUCAAGUGUACUUGAUCACAGUGCUGGCUAUGAUCCUGGCAGUGUUCUUCGCACAGAUUCAUCCCAAUUACCUCACACAGCAGUGGCAGAGGCUCCGUUCUAUCAUCUUUUGUUCUGUUUCGGGUUAUGGAGUGAUUCCUACUGUUCACUGGGUUUGGCUCAAUGGAGGAAUAGGUGCUCCUAUUGUACAGGACUUUGCACCUCGAGUAGUUGUGAUGUAUGUGAUUGCUCUUCUUGCUUUCUUAUUCUACAUUUCCAAAGUUCCAGAAAGGUACUUUCCAGGACAACUAAACUACCUCGGAUCAAGCCACCAAAUAUGGCAUAUCCUUGCAGUAGUGAUGCUAUAUUGGUGGCAUCAGUCAACAGUGUAUGUCAUGCAGUACAGACAUAGCAAGCCUUGUCCUGACUAUGUUUCACAUUUGUGAAUUCAGGUAUGGCCACCUGAUGUAUUCAGUUGUUAAGCAAUAUUUAAAUGGGGAGUUGUAUACCCCGCUAUUUCUAAGAUUCCCAUUACGUUUCCCUUUUUCCUCGUUUAAUAUAUCAUGAGUAAUACUUGAUAAAAAUGGAAAAAUUUACUUGGGGAUCUGUAACAUUAACUGUUUUAUGAGCCCUUAAAUCUAAUUUGUUGCUUGUACAGAAAGAGAAAAUGAGUUGGCACUCAUAAAAAUAAAAUCUGAGUAUCAGCAAUGAAUGUGAAACCACUGUAGAAAUAGGAUUUACUUUACUUAACACCAGCUUAAUUUCCUUAGGAAGGGCUCACCUCCAUUAUAAAAUAGAGGCUUCCCAUGUGGUUACUCUAGAAGAUAUUUAUAGUAGAUGAUCAAGUUUAAGUGCCUAAUCAAGGCAAGGGUUGCUGCAGCCUAUGCUUAAUAAAAGCUAGGAUAGUGAUUUUGAAUAAUCAUGAACCUUUUAAAUACAUUGUCAGAAACUGGCAUUUAAGAUAUUACUUCCUUUAGCUGUUUUUAUUAGCUGUAAGUUCUCUUUUCCCUAGGAACACUGGAUUUUUAUGUUUGCUAAACACAAACUUUAAACCUCUUCUUUGAGAGGCACUAAGAAGAGGAAAAAACUUCCCACCCAUCAGGUGACAAUUAUUAGAAACUGAUAACAUAAGGCAACAAAUUAUCUAAUAACCAAGGUACUAGCUAGUACAGAUUUUAAAUCUUAAGUAUUAAUUCCAUAAUAAUUGAACUCUUGCUAGUGGAUGGAGAGAUUUGGUUCCAGAAUUCCUACAGUAGUAAAGCUUUCAUCUGUCUAAAUUAGAAGACCUAAAUUUUCCAGUGGGGGUUCUCACCUACAGAGGUGCUAAUUUCAAGGCCAUAGAAUCCAGAUGGCUCAGUUUUGACCCUAAAAUGAACUUAAAGCCUUAGAACAAAGUCAGGCAGAUACCCCAUUUGAUGAUUUCUCACUGUGCUCGAGUCCCUUUACACAUGUUAGCAUUGCCUUGAUAAUUCAUAUUGCUGUACACUAAUAUUUGGGCUUGAAAAGUUAAAUUUGCUCUUUAUUGUAUUUACUUAAAAAAUAGAUCACAAUGCCCUAUCAUAAAAUGUAACACUCUUGUUCUUUGGCCUUUUCAUAUGCAUAAAUUAAAUCCUUUGAAGCAGACAUUCAUAAAACAUUGUUUAUUGGAACAUAAACUAGUACCCAUUACUUAAUUGGUUGACUUCAGAUGCUUUAAACACAGGUCUAUCUUUAAAACAUUGAAAUUUCAAAAACCCCCAAGUGUUGGUUUAUAGUAAAACUUAGUCCCAAGUGACAUUUGUCUAUCUGAUAUUUGGAAUGUUACUUUAAUGUGCUUCAGAAUCGUGCUUUGGAAUAUAAAUUCCCCUCUGCAAGAAGAUUCCCCCAAUAAUCAGGACAAUACAUUGUGUUGUCCCCAUUAUUAUGAUGGACUUCAAAAAAAGAGUUUUACUUCAUUUAUCAAUAGUAUAAAUUUUCCCCUGAAACAUCUGUUACUGCUUUGUAUGUUAAUGCUUUUAAAUAGAUACUUUGUCAUUUUGGCCGAACAAAAUUGAGUAGUUACAAUAAUUUAAAAAUUGUGAAUCUCAUUAUUUUAGGACUAGCACUAUUUUAAUGAAAAAUAUUCUCAAGUGUUGUCUUAAGGUUUAUUUCAAUUCUUAAAAAUAUUCCUGGUAUUCUGUUAUCGUGUAUAUACUAUUUAAUACCAUCUGAAUUGAUAAAAAAAAAAAGCAUAUUGUGUUUAAGAGUGUGUUUAAAUGCAAAAGGCAUACAAGUCUAACUUUAGGGAGAAUUAUACCAUGUAAAGUUUUCAAGUUUUUAUGAAAAUGUUACUGUAAGAAAGCUAUCCUCUCAUUUUUAUCUAUAGUGUGUGGUAUAUUUAUUAUAAAGACGGGAUUGAGCGAAUGUGGAUUGCUGUCAACUUUAAACAGUUCACUUAUUAAGUAUCACUACUGGCAGAGUUAUUUUGAUGUUGUCAACAUUAAAUAUUUUGAAAUUGUCUACAGAUCUGAGCCCCAAAACAAUGUAAAUUUGCUUUUAUAGAUUUACUAAAGUAAGAUUUAAAAAGUAUACUGUUCACCUAGAGUUCUAAAAAACCACCUGGUUUUUAUUUUACUAAGCUAUAAACUAUAAAAGCUCUUUACCUGCAGGCUUUACAAAUACAUUUCAAAAUUGUCUAUAGUGAUUUAUAAAGUUAUAGCUAACUCAAUUUAAAGACAAUUAUCUUUCUAUAUAAAGCCAUUUUCAAAUAGCAAAAUAGUGAUCGUCAUUUUUGUUAUUACACAAUUCAGUAAGCUGCAUGAAAAAUAUGUAUUAUAAAAAUAAACUGAGUUUACUAAAUACUACUGCUGCUUGUCAUUCUUUGUAAAACAUAGCAGAAAGGAAGAUCGGAGAAUCUGUCCCAUCUUAUGCCACUCUAUAUGAACAAAGUAACAAUUUGAAAAUUGUGAUUAACUGACAGAACUGUACAACUCUCAUUUGGCAGACCCACCAACCUAGGAUUAUUUUGCUCUGCGUUAAAUGUCAAGGGGCAAAGCCUGCACUUAGGAUUCCUGCCAGGUGUUGAACUCAGUAGCUUCAGAUCUACCUGAUGAAAUAAUCAUCCUGCCAAUGUGUGUGAAGUGAAAAAAACAGCUUAGCUAAUAGGUGAGGGCAGUGUCUACAUGCUCCAUCACAAGUUUUCUGUUGAUGCUUUUUAGUUACAAUGUCCUCUGAAAGUCUGUGGCGUGGUUCCUACAUUGGGUAUUGAGAUGACUCUAACUGAAACCACCUUUUCACAAGGGACUGGUAACAGUAGUAGUGAAAAAAAAAAAAAAAAAA